AUGAGUAAAGCAAGUGCCAACUUUGGAGGUACAGUUGGUUGGGAUGAACAAACAGUUAUUGGUAAACGUGCACCUCGACCAGGAGAAUUAAAAAGUGAAUCAGCAAUAGCUGCUGCUGAACGUGCUGGUGUUGCUAUUGAUACAUCAAAAAAAUUUGCAGGUGGACAUAAUAAACAACAUGAAGCAGCAAAAAAUACGGCAGUUUUAGAUCGUGAAACUGAAGAAUUACAUCAUGAAAGAGUUAAUAAAGAUGUUGCACGAGCUAUUCAACAAGCACGUAAUGCUAAAGAAUGGACACAAGCUGAUUUAGCAAAACAUAUUAAUGAAAAACAACAAGUUGUUAAUGAAUAUGAACAAUCAAGAGCAAUUCCAAAUCAACAAAUUUUAAGUAAAAUGGAACGUGCUUUAGGUGUUAAAUUACGAGGAAAAGAUGUUGGACAACCAUUUAGUACUGGACCAAAAAAGAAAUAA